AUGGAGCUGGAGAAGAAGCUGGGCGGAAAUCAGGGUACUGGCUGUUUCCCUGACCUCAGGUUCCUGUUGCCAGAUUCAGGCCUGCCCGGCAGGACAGCCCGCAAAACCCAUUGCCAUGGCAACGAAGAUUUGGAUCUGUAUGGCUCUGGAGGUUUCGGCAGUGUCUUGGGCGCAGUGGACCUGCUGCUCCAGUGCCCUCAUGCACUUAGCCGAGCCCUGUUGGAACUUCGGUCAGAAAUGACAGCAGCAGCUGAAGAACGUAUAAUUGCUGUAACUUCUCAAAAAGAGGCAAAUCUCAAUGUUCAGCGAGUUGUUGAGCGGCAUACUAAAGAACUAAAGUCACAAAUUGAAGAUUUAAAUGAAAAUCUUUUGAAAUUAAAAGAAGCUCUUAAAACAAGUAAAAACAAAGAAAAUUCACUAGCUGAUGACUUAAAUGAUUUAAAUAAUGAACUGCAAAAAAAGCAAAAAGCUUAUAAUAAAAUCCUUAGAGAGAAAGAUGGAAUUGAUCAAGAAAAUGAUGAACUGAGACGACAGAUUAAAAGACUGUCCAGUGGGCUACAGAGCAAAACUCUGAUAGAUAAUAAGCAAAGUUUAAUAGAUGAACUUCAGAAGAAAGUUAAAAAACUUGAAAGCCAACUGGAAAGAAAGGUGGAUGACGUAGACAUAAAGCCUAUAAAGGAAAAGAGUGGUAAAGAAGAAUUAAUUAGGUGGGAAGAAGGUAAGAAAUGGCAAACCAAAAUAGAGGGAAUGCGCAACAAAUUAAAGGAGAAAGAAGGAGAGGUCCACAGCCUGACAAAGCAGCUGAGCACCUUAAAGGAACUUUUUGCCAAAGCUGAUAAAGAGAAGCUUACUUUGCAGAAGAAACUGAAAACAACAGGAAUGACUGUUGACCAGGUCUUAGGAGUGCGAGCUUUGGAGUCGGAAAAGGAGUUGGAAGAGCUAAAAAGGAGAAAUCUGGACUUAGAAAACGACAUAGUAUAUAUGAGGACCCACCAGGCUCUUCCACGAGAUUCUGUUGUGGAAGACUUACUCUUACAAAAUAGAUACCUUCAAGAAAAACUUCAUACUUUAGAAAAUAAACUUUCCAAGGAUGCAUAUUCUCAGUCUUUGACUUCAGAAAUAGAAUCAGAUGAUCAUUGUCAAAAAGAACAAGAACUUCAGAGGGAAAAUUUGAAAUUGUCAUCUGAAAAUAUUGAACUGAAAUUUCAACUGGAACAAGCAAAUAAAGACUUGCCGAGACUAAAGAAUCAAGUAAGAGAUUUGAAGGAAAUGUGUGAAUUUCUUAAGAAAGGGAAAAUGGAACUUGAACGGAAGCUUGGUCAGGUCAGAGGGUCUGGUAGAAGUGGGAAGACAAUCCCAGAGCUAGAAAAAACUAUUGGGUUAAUGAAGAAAGUUGUUGAAAAAGUCCAAAGAGAAAACGAUCAAUUGAAAAAGGCAUCAGGACUACUGACUAGUGAAAAAAUGGCUACUCUUGAGGAAGAAAAUGAAAAAUUAAAGGCUGAAUUAGAAAAGCUGAAAGCUCACUUUGGACGUCAGUUGAGCAUGCAGUUUGAAUCUAAGAGCAAAGGUACUGAGAGAAUUAUGGCCGAAAAUGAGCGGCUUCGGAAAGAACUUAAGAAAGAAAUGCAAGCUUCUGAGAAACUGCGCAUAGCUAAGAACAACUUAGAGCUGGUGAAUGACAAGAUGGCAGGUCAACUAGAAGAGACUGGGAAGAGAUUACACUUUGCAGAAAGUAGAGGUCCACAGCUGGAAGGUGCUGACAGCAAGAGCUGGAAGUCAAUUGUGGUUUCAAGAAUGUAUGACACCAAGAUAAAAGACCUCGAAAGUGACAUUGCCAAAAAGAACCAAAGUAUCACCGACCUUAAACAGCUUGUAAGAGAAGCAACAGAGAGAGAACAGAAAGCCAAGAAAUACACUGAAGACCUUGAACAACAGAUUGAGAUCCUCAAAAAUGUUCCUGAAGGAGCUGAAACAGAGCAAGAGCUUAUACAGCAGCUCCAGCUUCUUAGACUAGCCAAUAACCAGCUGGAUAAAGAAAAAGCAGAGCUAAUCUAUCAGAUAGAAGUUAUCAAGGACCAAACUGGAGCCGAAAGUAGCACACCUGAUUCUGAUCAACUGAAGAAAAAGAUAAAUGACCUGGAGACACACCUCAGAAAGUCAGAGCCAGAAAAGCAACAUAUGAAGGAGGAAAUUAAAAAGCUGAAAAAAGAACUGGAAAAUUUUGACCCUUCAUUCUUUGAAGAAAUUGAAGACCUGAAGUACAAUUAUAAGGAAGAAGUGAAGAAAAAUAUUCUCUUAGAAGAGAAGUUAAACAAACUUUCUGAACAAUUUGGAUUUGAAUUGCCUCGCCCACUUGCUGCUUCUGAACAGCAGGAAGACGGAGAAAGUCCUAAUGGCGUCCCGAUUUAUUAAUGGCCUCAUUUAACUGUAGAUUUAAACUACUGAUGACAUAGAAGUUUCAGCUGGAAAUCAGUCUCUGACCUACAGAAUUUACCUCUCAAAAUACUGUAUUAUUUUGCUUAAAAAUAAAAUCAUAUUUAGUUUUAACUUGUUAGAAAAGUAUAUUUUUGAAGACUUCAAUAAUUUAUGACUAUAUAGUAUAUAAUGAGCUAUGACAAAAAUUUAUGACUAUAUAGUAUAUAAUGAGCUAUGAUAAAUAUUUCCUAUUUUCAUAAUAUUUUAAAUUCUCUAAAAGCAUAAAGGUAAGCUUAUAAUGAUCUUACUAUUUAAAAUUGAUUAUUUUAUACUUAUUUUUGUGUUAAGAUAUUCAAACCUAAUGAUGAUUUCUAUAAAUACAUAGAAACAUGUUUAGAAGUUGACAUGUGUUUUGCCAAGCAGCUAGCAAAAAUAAAUUGACCUGUGUAAACAUGGCAAACCUGUCCAAUAUUAAAAAAAAAAUCACAAUAGUCCCAACUAUUAUUUCUAUUUUAUAUAUCAAGGGUUAUAUCUUUGAGCCUAUCAAAUUUCUGCUUAUCUAUUUUUGAAAACUUAUUAAACAAAGACUGGUGAUCAAAAGCACA